UCGGCCCCGCCCCAGCGUGCCGUGCGCGGCGGCGCGGCGGAAGUUGGCGUGGCGCGGCCGCAGCGCGCGGAUGUCUUGGGGCGGGACUUCCGGCGGCGUUCGCAAGCGUCUUCCCGCCCCGCGCAAGAGUGGUCCGGCCGGCCUCCGGGACAUGAAGCCCCCUGGAACCUGAGGUUGGACUCGGCUGUGACCUACCUACCAUGAGAGCGCUGCUCAGCACACUCUGGCUUGCUCUGGCCUGCAGCUCUGUUCACACUACCCUGUCAAAGUCAGAUGCCAAAAAGGCUGCCUCCAAGACACUGCUAGAGAAGACUCAGUUUUCAGAUAAGCCCGUCCAAGAUCGGGGUCUGGUGGUGACAGACCUCAGAGCCGAGGAUGUGGUUCUUGAGCAUCGCAGCUACUGCUCGGCAAAGGCCCGGGAGAGGCACUUUCCUGGGGACGUCCUGGGCUACGUCACUCCAUGGAAUAGCCACGGCUACGAUGUCGCCAAGGUCUUCGGGGGCAAGUUUACACAGAUCUCACCUGUGUGGCUACAGCUGAAGAGGCGUGGACGCGAGAUGUUCGAGGUCACGGGCCUCCAUGACGUGGACCAAGGGUGGAUGCGGGCGGUCCGGAAGCAGGCCAAGGGCCUCCGCAUAGUCCCUCGGCUCCUGUUUGAGGACUGGACUCAUGAGGACUUCCGGAACGUCAUGGACAGUGAAGACGAGAUCGAAGAACUCAGCAAGACCAUGGUUCAGGUCGCCAAGAGCCAGCAUUUUGACGGCUUUGUGGUAGAGGUCUGGAGCCAGCUGCUGAGCCAGAAACACGUGGGCCUCAUCCACAUGCUCACCCACGUGGCAGAGGCGCUGCACCAGGCCCGGCUGCUGGCCAUCCUGGUCAUCCCACCGGCUGUCACUCCCGGGACUGACCAGCUGGGCAUGUUCACACACAAGGAGUUUGAGCAGCUGGCCCCCGUGCUGGACGGCUUCAGCCUGAUGACCUACGACUACCCCACAGCACAGCAGCCUGGCCCCAAUGCGCCACUGUCUUGGGUGCGAGCCUGCGUCCAGGUCCUGGACCCCAUGUCCAAGUGGCGGAGCAAGAUCCUCCUGGGGCUCAACUUCUACGGCAUGGACUAUGCGGCCUCCAGGGAUGCCCGCGAGCCCGUCAUCGGGGCCAGUACAGCCCAGAGCACCAGGGCCCCUACAGCCACCCGCCGCCUCUCCUCCCUCCUCGGAGCCCAGGCUACAGGCCCCAGGUUGUGCCUCCUCCCUCGGGCUGCAGGGCACCACCGUCCCACAGCAGGGGUAAGGGGAGCGGUGUUUCAAACCAUUGGCUCCUGGUGGUCAGGAGGGGCUGCUGAGGAUUUGGGCAGCCGUAUCCGCAGCGAGGCAGGCAGGCCAAAGGCAGCCCAGGCCCUGGAAGGGCCCAGAAGGCCCUGCCCUGGCCUGCUGUCCCCGGAAAGCUGGAGUGGGGGCCUGGGGGGCCUCCAAGAGCUCCCCCAGGCCCUGUUCCUCUUCUGAGGCCUGUGGCGUGCCCCAAGCGCCACCCCCGAUUGCACAAGUUGCUGCUUCUCCUGCGGUGCCUCACGCAGUCCCUGCGAGCGCCUGGCCUGCCCCAUCCACCAGCAGGCACCUCGCCUGAGCGCAGGCACCCUCAUUCUGCCCUUCCGGAUGCGCCUGGUGCAGAGAUGACCCAGUGAGCUGUUCCUCAGGACACCAGUGCCUUGGUGCAAUCGUGCACUGAACUCAGGUCGUGGAACACGGCAGAGAGCUUAAAGAUGCUGUCGGGGCUUCCGCUCUCAUCUCAGGAGCCCUCUGUUGGGUGUCUUUCCCCCCUGCCCCCGCAGCGAGGACUCUGGACGCUGCAGUGUGAGGCACCCGUCCUGCAGCUGCCCCAGGCCGAAUAUUCCAGGCCGGUCCCAUGGUCUUUCCUGGGAUUUCCUUGUGUCCAGGGUGCACACCUGGUUCUCCCACGCAGCCCAGUGUGCUGUUGGCACUCCAUAGACCAUCAAGGGACAACAGCCCCCAGAAUCCUGCUGCCCCUGGGUGGCCACACCCCUUCCAUGACAGCCACCGCCACUGUGCCACUGUUGCUCUGUCUGGUGUUGGGGCUGUCAGCGAGGCCUCUGGGGGGCUGGGGUGCCGGGCGGGCGG